GAGGGUGGGACAUAAUGAGCUGUCAAGAACUGACAGCCUUAGCAAAGAGUCAAAGGCUGAAAAAUGCAAGGAGAGCCAUUCACCUCCUGAAGUAACCAGUUUGUUUCCCAAUGGGAUAAUUAUGUGGGAGGCAGACGAAGUUUGACUAUAACUUGGGAGACUUGAGCAGACGUCGCGCUCGGAAGGGAGACACCCGGGAUGAGAGGCAGCCCUUCCUUCCUUCCGUCCGACAGCAUGGAGUUCGGCUCGGCACUCUGGAUGCUGGCCUCCUACCUCGGCCUUACCGCCCUGUUCUUCCUGCUGGCCUGGGGAAUCUACUACGAUAUCACCCGGACGUACGUCCCCACGGACAUCCAGCAAUACGCCAAACUGCGCUUCUUCAAUUUCCUCUCGAAAUAUGCGGUCGGACUGGGAAUGGCGUAUGAGAGACUCGGCAUUUGCCAGAGGUAUACAGUCUGGAGGAUUAUGUUUAAUGGUAUACCGCUAUUAAAGAAGAGCUCGGCGUUGAUAAUCAAGGAUCUGCUUUUCGACGACGUUCCUGUGCGAGUGUAUUGGCCUAAAACAUCGUCUUCCGGGAACAGAAGAGGAAUGAUCUAUCUCCAUGGAGGCGUUGGUUUGUUCGGAAGCAUCAAAGCUUACGAAAGGGUGAACCGCUACAUUUCCCGGAGAAGUGAUUCCGUGGUUGUAUGUGUUGGGUUUCGUCUAGCUCCAGAGAAUCCAUUCCCACUCCCGGUUCUGGACUGCUGCACGGCUACCAUACACUUUUUGAAAAAUGCAACAAAAUACGGAGUGGACCCGAAUCGCAUUGCUGUUUGCGGAGACAGCAGCGGGGGCACGUUUGCCGCAGCCGUUUGCCAACAUCUGGCGACAAAGAAGGACCUUCCGAAGCUCCGUGCUCAGCUCCUCAUCUACCCGUUCCUCCAGGCGGUGGACUUCAAUCUGCCUUCUUAUCAGCAGAACCACUCCAUACCUGUUUUGUUUAAGAAGCGGGCGAUCAAAUGGGGAGCAACGUACCUGACGGGAAGGAUAGUAAACGUGGACGGUCUGAUGAAGAACGCCCAUGUGCCCCAGGACUUGCAGGCGAAAUACAAGAAAUGGGUGAGCGCCGACCAUAUCCCAGAUGAAUUCAAGGCCAGGGGUUACGUGCCAUUGGAGGCCGCACCAUUCUGUGAAGAACUUUACGAGUUGUGCAAAGAGGGCUUUCAUCCAAUGUUUUCCCCACUUUUAGCAGAGGAAGAUGUGAUCCGCCAGCUUCCCGAGACUUUCUUAUUAACCUGCGAAUACGACGUUGUCCGAGACGACGGGCUUUUGUACAAGAAACGGCUGGAGGACAACGGUGUCCCAGUGACGUGGCAUCAUGUCAAGGACGGCUUUCACGGAAUACUGUUCCUCAUUGACGUUGGUCCAUUGGAAUUCAAAUGCACCCGCCAGCAUUUUCGUUAUGUAAUAAAUUUCUUAAAAUGCCUAUAAAAUGGGUCAGCGCAGAAGGAAGUGAGUUGUUCUACUCCAGAAACUUAGUUUUUGUGGCUGCUGCAAACUAUGUGGCAUUGGCUGAGAAUUGAUGGUGAGAUAUUCACCAUGCUGUUUAAUAUCUACAUGAAGCCGCUGGGAGAGAUCAUCCAGAGUUUCGGAGUAUGGUGUCGCCUGUACGCAGAUGACGUCCAACUCUGUCACUCCUUUCCACCUGCUACUAAGGAGGCUGUUCAGACCUUGAACCGGUGCUUGGCUGCUGUGUCGAACUGGAUGAGAGCUAACAAAUUGAAAUUGAAUCCAGACAAGACAGAGGUCCUAUUGGUCAGUUGAAAGGCCAAACAAGGCAGCCUGUGUUGGAUGGGGUUACACUCUCCCCAAAAACCCAGUUUUGCAGCUUAAGGAUAAUCCGGGAUUCAUCGUGAGCCUGGAAGCCCAGGUCUCGGCGGUGGCCAGAGGAGCCUUUGCACAAUUAAAACUUGUGCGCCAGCUGCACCCAUACCUUGGGAAGUCUGAUCUGGACACAGUGGUCCAUGCUCUUGUUACAUCCCGAAUAUAUUAUUGCAAUGCACUCUAUGUGGGGUUGCCUUUGAAGACUCUUUGGAAGACCAACGGUCGGCAGCCAGAUUACUCACCAGAGCGACUUACAGGGAGCACAUCAUGCCCCUGCUUCGACAGCUCCACUGGCUGCCAGUCCACUUCUGAGCAUAAUUCAAGGUGCUGGUCUUGAUCUAUAAAGCCCUAUAUGGUUCCAGCCCAGUUUACUUGUCCGAAUGUAUCUCCCUCUCUGACCCACCUCGGAGUUUACAAUCAUCAGGGGAGGCCCUGUUCUUGAUCCCCCACUUUCGCAAGCGCGAUUGGUGGAGACGAGAGACAGGGCCUUCUCGGUGGUGCCCCCCCAUCUGUGGAAUGCACUCCCCAGUGAAAUCAGGGUGACAACUUCUCUCCUCUCCUUAAGGAAGAAACUCAAGUCUUGGCUUUGGGACCAAGCAUUCGCACAGCUGGCUGAGCAACAACUGUCAUGACUUGUGUGAAUUGUCAAUUAAGAGACCUUGAACUUGAACUCUGGACUAUGAUUUGGAUAUGCAGACUUGGACUUGGUUGUGUUAAUAUUUCAGGGCCAAUAUUUUGAAUGUAUUUUAUUACUUUUUAAUGUAUUUUAUUGCUGUUGACCUGUUUAUGUUAAUUGUUGUGUACUAACUGUUUCUUUGUCGGUGUCUAAUGACUGCCAAUUGUAAGCUGUCCUGAGUCCCCCUUCGGGGGUUGAGAAGGACAGGAUACAAAUGCUCUAAAUAAAUAAAUAGAUAAAUAUUCGUUCAAAAUAUUCAUUCAAAAACAAAGUUUUUGCAGUGUAAUAAACA